AUGGCAGGUCGUUUGGCCGCCGCUAUGGCGGGCUUCGUUGUCCUGGCACUUCUCGGCCUCACCAUGUGGUCAAGGAGAACGAGCCUGGAGCAGCGUCCUGUACGCUACUUCUUCAUCCCCUCCCAAGAACGUGGGAGACAGCAGCUUGCUGUGGUGCACAGCGCUCUGGGAACUCCGCAGGACUUACCCAACCUCCGUGGAGAAGAGCUUGGCGAUGAAGUCAUGGACCUUCCACAAUCAGAUAGCGAACACGAUGAUGGAGACAUGUAUGUUCCAGCAGAAAUGAUGAACAGCUAUACGUUCAAGCAAAAGCCAGUAUCCAUUUCGUUGGCAACGGGUAAUUCACGUUCGAAUCCAAUGUUAGCCGAUCCUUCAGAUCCUUCCAUGUACGACUCGAAGUUGGCAAAGCUUGGAGUGAACGUUGGAGCUGCCCCUGCACAAGGAUCUUUUGCCACGCAUGGCGAUGCCUUUGUCUCGGCUGACAACCUGGAGGACUCUUACAGCGUAGGCCCAUCCCCGAAUCGCGAAAUUCACGGGAAUACCAUUGGUGGAGAUUGGUUUGGUCACGUUGGAGAACCUCUCUUGACAAGAGCUCAGAUCCAGGCUCAAAGUGCUGUGCCCAAGACCGCCAAGUUCACCUCGUUGGCUGGUCAGCCCCCGAUCUGUCAGUGCAGCGCCUCAACGGAUGCCGCGGCGACCAGGUGCUCCUGUCAACGCGACGCGUCGAGGCUCUCGGGAAGCAAGACGAUUUCUUUGGAUCUUCAGUGCUGUGAUUGUGGAGGAAAACGACACAUUGUUUCUCCUGCACCAGUUUGCUCCGAUUGCUACGGAUGUGGGCAGCAGGCUUAUCAUGCAUAUUACAAUCCAUACGGCAUCGUUCAGGACGAUACUGAUGAAGAUUCUUCUACAGCCAGCACUAUUCUCGAACAGAAAAUUGUGAAACCCGUGCACUACUUCUCUCGCAAUGAAGAUCCUGGGAAGCUAACUGAUAGAAUGAUGGUUCUGAACGAUGUAUUGCGUGGAGCCAAGAACUUUAAACCGCCCACUUCUGCCCCCGUCUACGAGUCUAAGAUAGUUAAGAGGGUCAAGGUUGACCCUAUUGUACAACUCUCAUAA